CCUGACUUCACUCUUCCGUGGUGAGAUGGCUGUGGAGUCUCUGCUGGUUCGGGUGAAGUCGAAAGCGGCUCAGUGGAAAGACAGCAGGGGAGCAGGAGUACGCCCACCACAGCCCACCUCCACCUUCAUAUCUGUAUUACACUAACGGGUGAGAGCUGAUUUUGGAGGAGGAUUAUACUCCAUGUUCCUGCUGAACGACUCAUGAAUUAAUACUGCUGAACUCCAGAGACUGCACUGGUCUGCUCAGUGCUGCAGUUGUGUGGCUGGGCAGCCUGGCUGCCCCCCUGAGUCCAGAUGAAUGAAGAACACACCGGGAAACAGAGACACAGCUGAUACAGGGCAUGCAGGUGUUUCUGCCAACAUGCUGAAGAAAAAGAAUCCCCAUAAGAAACACAAGAGCAGCCUGGGCCCUGCCACCAAAGUUCUGUCGCAGCCGCGGCGCAACAUUGUCGGCUGCAGGAUCCAGCAUAUCUGGAAAGAUGGGACGGGACACGUGGUUUGGAAAGGAACGGUGCUUGACCAAGUUCCUGUGAAUCCGUCCCUCUACCUGAUAAAGUAUGAUGGAUUCGACUGUGUUUAUGGUCUGGAGCUCCAUAAAGACGAGAGGGUUCAGGGGCUGGAGGUACUGCCAGACAGACUGGCUAAAUCCCGACUGACAGACGUCAACCUAGCAGACACCAUGAUCGGUAAAGCCGUGGAGCACAUGUUUGAGACAGAGGAAGGACCGAAGGAGGAGUGGAGGGGGAUGGUUCUGGCUCGGGCUCCAAUCAUGACCACCUGGUUUUACAUCACUUACGAGAAGGACCCGGUUCUCUACAUGUACCAGCUGCUGGACGAUUACAAAGAGGGUGACCUCCGCAUCAUGCCAGACUCCAACGACAAUGUUCCAGCCGAGAGGGAACCCGGCGAGGUGGUGGACAGUCUUGUUGGCAAACAAGUGGAGUAUGCCAAAGAGGAUGGCGGCAAGCGUACGGGGAUGGUCAUCCACCAGGUGGAGGCCAAGCCUUCCGUGUACUUCAUCAAGUUUGACGACGACUUCCUCAUUUAUGUGUACGACCUGGUGAAGACUUCGUAAGCUACCCCCACUUCCACCGCAGACUCUCGUCACAAGACUCGGCAUACGAUGAACACAUCUGCAGCUUUUAACCCAGCACUCGUUCGUCAGACCAUGACAGAAAACUCCUGGUGAAGCAAAUGAAAGAGCUUGUUGAAUAGAAGAACACUUUAAUGUAGACUUGACACCAGACCGUAACAUCUACCUGUUUCGUUUUAUCAUUUCAUCUCUACACUUAAAAACACUCACACAAAAGAACUGUUUCAGUUUAAUCUGAACCAGAGUUGCAAAGCAAAUCUCUGCCUAAUGUCAAAAACACUUCCAAAAUGUGAUCGCAAAAUAUAUUUAGUCCAAAAUCAUUCCAUGUUCUAUUUUAAUUUCACUUUUAUUUACGUCAGUAUUUGGACAAAAGCACUUUCUGUUGUGAUUCAAAUGAAUCUAAAGAAAAAAAUACACUUUUCCUAUUAAGGAUUGUGCAAGGAUGCAUCAUUAUCAACGGCUUUAGUUGUAGUGCUAAAUACGACCGAAUGAGGACGCUAUUGCAUUUAUUAAGUUGAUUCGUUUAAAAGAAUUAAGUCACUGAACAAUGUUUAAUGAGGUGACCCCCUAAUGUCACGGCUCUUUAUAUCUUUUAAGUUACAACACAAAUGCUUAGCCUGUUUCAUCUGUGCCACACAAAACAAUGAGGUCAAAUGUCCACCAUGACUGGCAAGGUAUAGCUGUUGCGGUUGUUGUACAAAGCUAGAGUGUUAAAAUACAAGUGGCUUCAUCAUCUGAAAGACUGAUGGACUCCUCACCAAAAGACGUCGGCUCAAAAAGAAAAAAAAAAACUGGAUUUUUUUUUUUUUCAUGCAUUGUUGCCAAAACUGCUUCCUGUUGUGAAGUUGUUUAAGACAUUUUGUUUGUCUCGUGAUUUCACUCAAGCCUUCAGAGUCAAUCUCGCAGUGUGUUUUCCAAAGUGUGAACGAAGGAGAUGCACUUGUAAGGAAGACGUGGCCCAAGUUCUCUGUGUCUUUGGCGAGGUGUUUUUAAUGUCGUGUCGUUGAUCCAUGGACGAAAUCCUAAAUUUCUGCAGGUUCAAGGUGCGCUGGUUAUUGUCGCACCUCUUACUGUAAAAAAACAUUGCUCAAAUUUCAUACCAACUUUUUAGGUUCAUAUUUAUUACUGUUCUUGUUUUAGUUGGAGGCAUUAGAAGUAUUGGUGGUGACAGGGUUAUUAUGUCGAGUGAGGUUUUUUAUGAGAGCGCCAACUAGAAAGUUCUUUUAUUGAUUUGAUUGUAUGCAGUGGGUUGUAGUUUUUGGAAUACUAUGCGCUGCAGCAGCUUGUGUUCAAUAGAGCAAGACCAUUCCUUGGAUCCAGAUGAUAAUCCAGAAUUAUCAAUGACAUUAACAUUAUCAAUGUUUCCUGAAACUUCCAUUGAAGUCCGACCAUAGGUUUUCCACUUAUUUUGCCGUCUGAUAAACAGAGGCAGAAACACAACCGGAGGUUAGUCACAUAAGUCAAUGCUGCACCAUAGUGUUCCAAAAAAAGUUUUUUGUUUUGCACUUCAGGGCUUUUGCUAGCUCAUCUGGAUUUUACAGUUCUUACUUGAUUUUUACGCUCGAUGAAUGUUAGACCCCUUGCUCAUAAAAACCGUACAAAAUUGAAGGGCAGUUCAGCCUUUCAACCCUGGGACACCUCAUGAACGUUGACUGACUACCACCAUGAGUGUGAUGCGCAUUUGUGGGGAUGACUUGUGAUCAUGUGACACAUGCUGUUAGGAGCGAACUUUGUGUCAGCAUAGCUGGUGAUCUUUUUUAAAAUAGCUUUUCAUUGGUCUUCAACUGGUUUGCAUUUCAACACUUGUGUGGAUUUAUAGUAAACUGAAUUUUAAAUACAGCAAAAAUAAGUACCUCCUUUCGAGUUCAAGACCCUGGCACGACGUCAAAAUUUUAAUAACCUUCUGUAGAAGAUUUUCCACACUUAUUAUAAUGCACUGCAAUCUUAAAUUACAUUUAAUUGUAUUUCAACCACAUUCAAGAUGUUCAUAAAAUAAUAACAACCAGCCACGACAAAGCACCUGCUGUUGUUAACAGAAUUGAAAUGACAAAAUAACCCUGUCACCACCAGUACUUUUUCCUUCAUCUUGUAAAAAUAAAUUGCGCAAGUACUAAAAUGUCUAGUCUAAAAAAAAGAAGCAAGUAAUGCCAUAUUUUAGCUUUGUUUUUUUGUGGGCUUAAAGUAAGUCACACUAAUUGACAAAGCGGAUUGGAAAAUGUGUUGUGCUCUAAAAGUGUGUGUUCGUCAGAGAUGAGAGCGACGAGGUGAACGUCCAAUGAAGGCUUCCAUUUGAUUUUCACAAACUUUUGUUAUAAUUUAUUUGGAUUUACACUCGACUGAAGGGUUUCCUUACGCGUUCACGGUUACCACGAAUCCCAUCCGCGCAGAAGGAUCCACCAUGUUACACAUAAGAGUUCAGAGAAGCCACAGACUGAUGAGGCUUGACUUGCCUUUGGGAUUUUAACUGGACUCUGUUUUUUGCAUCAUUGCAGACUAAAAUGUUGAAAUACUACACAGUAUAUUAUUUGUGUGUAAUCUAUUCCUGCUGCUCAGAGGUUUGAAGAACAACUCUUCCAUUUGUGAUGAAAAGAAAAGCACUUAUUUCUCAUAUUAGUGUACAAUGGCGUGUGUGUGUAUACACAUUUUUCGGUGGGGGGCGACAUCAUGACAAGCUUUCUCGGCAACAUGGGGAACACCUUCAGUCCGUGUACUUCCUGUGAUGUAGUUGGUUGCCAAGCAGAUUACAACUAUAAUUAUUAAAUCUGCUCAUAAAAAAAAGAGUUAGAAAAAAAAAAAAAACAGACGUUGGCACCAGUGUGUAUUACUUUUCUUUACAGAGACGUUGUGAUCAUCGACAUGCACUAUUUUAACGGAAAUGAUGCAACGCAGCGCUCAUCUGCAGCGAGGUUUAUGUCUGACAGUCGUUUUGCUAUUGUUGUUGAUGUUGGAAUGACAUGGGCCUUCGAUCAUUCUUCUGCCUUGUAUUGUUUGUUUUUGUAUGUUACGAUAUGUAUGUUCAAAUUUUUAUUGUAUAAUAAAAAAACUGAAGUGGU